CAGAUACGCCUUGACCACGAUGAAGGUAGCUCCAGCCCCGUCGUUGACCUCCCCCGCUUCUGCAACAACUUUAAAUGUUUCGACAACGUCUCAAAUCGCCAUGGCCAGCUUCAACCUCUGGGCUGUGGGUAUCACCGUGGUCAUUGGUGGCCAGUACUUCUCGUGGAACACUGGCUUGUCGGCAGGAACCGCCAGCUACGGCAUCGCGUCCCUUAUGAUGGGGUUCGCGUACCUCUCCAUGUGCAUGUGCAUGGCGGAAAUGUCGAGCAUGGUGCCGUUCGAAGGCGGCGCGUUCGGGCUCGCGCGGUGCACGUGGGGGUUUUACGCUGGUUUCAUCGUCGGCUGUUGCGAGGCUGUGCAGUACAUUCUGUACGUGACGUGCUCGUUUGUGGCCUUGGGGCGGAUGGUAGCUCAUUUCUGGCCACUGAUUGCAGACUACCCAUACAUUUCUUGGCUGAUAAGCUACGUGUUGUCUUGUGCGAUGCUCACUGUGGGUGGAAAGUCAUACUGGAUGUGGAACAUGGCGCUGGCGUUGGUAUCGUUUCUCAUUUUGAUCCUGUACGUCCUCGGGUCUCUCUCGUACGUCGACAUUGCCGCGAACGGCGGCGGCAGCAAGCUCCUUUUCGUGGGGGGUUUUGACCAGUUCAUGCUUGUGUUUCCCCUCACCGCGUGGUACUAUGUUGGCGUCGAGUCGCUGAAUCGGCUGUGUGGCGAAGUCGUGGAGCCCCGCAAGUCGAUCCCCCUGGGCCAAAUGUCGUGCAUGUUUACGCUCUUCGCAACGUCCAUCAUGGUGUUCUUCGUGACCAUCAGCGUCGACCCGGGCAUGCCGACAGUCGCGACCUCCCUGGCCGUCAUGAACCCCGUGUUCAAUCAACUGUUCAACUGCACUGACAAGAUCUCGACGCUGCUGGCGCUCCCCGCCACCUUUGCCACAGGCCAAGGAUUUGUGCAAGCGUACAUGAAGAUCAUUUCGUGCAUGGCCGGCUCCAAGUUGCUGCCGUCGAUCCUUCACGAGAAACACCCCAAGUGGAACACCCCCGUAUAUACCAUCGUCGGCGCGUCCUGUGUGAGUUUUGCGUUGUGCUUUGCCGACUACUACUACUCGUUGGACGCGAUCGUGUUUAACACGUGCAUCUUCCUGGGCAGCAUCUCAUACCUUUCACAAUGUUUUGGGUACCUGUACCUAAAGAAGAACUUUCGCACCAUGGAGCGCAAGUACAAUAGUCCGUUCGGUCGGGCGGGGGCGAUGUACGCCUGUGGCGUAUGGCUGUGGACCAUGCUGGCGAUUGCAGCGUACCAAGGCGACGGCCACGUCAGCGUGCUCGCGGUGGUCGGGAUUCUGAGUGUCUGCACCGCCUACUAUUACGCUGUUGCGAAGGAGCGGCAGACGAUUUCCGACGACGAGCGCAAGGCCUUGUUCUUUGCCCACGUGUCCAAGCACAACCUGUCCAAGCAGCGACGGGGUCGAACCCUCGGGCAACGAGCCAAAAGCUGGUUUGUGGCCAAAGCCCGAAAAGUCCGGGAAAAGAGUGACGGGGCGCCGCCCAAGUCGUCCACGUCCAUCAUCAGUGCCGUCAACUCGCCAAGCUCCAAAGACAUAGGCCGGAAUGCCACUGGUGCCAAUAACUCCAAGAAGAAGGGGGUACAACUCACAGUCACCGCAAGUCCGUCGACGGCGUUGGUGCGGUAAUCAGAUUAUUAUAUAUACAACACAUCUCGACCACAGAGAUGGCCCAGUGCGCCAUCGAAGUACCUCCCUU